CUCCAGAAGGACUUUUAGCGCGUUUCCCAGUAGACAGAGCUGUCAGAGCGGUGCCUCUCAGAAGAGCAGCCGCUGGGCGGAGUCACAGAAACGCUCAACUGAUCUACUUCACUCCUCAACCGUUGUGCCGUUACCCGUUAGUGCCGUUAGUGCCAGUCAAAACAUACCGCUUUGUUUCAACCACUGCCGUUUCGCCGUCCCCCCGUGUCCCGCCCUCUCUGUCUGUCUGUGUCUGUUUCAGUUUAGCCAGCAAAACUGCUGGUAGACCAGCAUAAAUACCAGCUUCACCAGCAUCCAGCUUAAUUUAAAAUAUGACAUCCAUGCUGGUCUAUGCUGUUUUUUUCAGCAGACACGGUGGAGAGAAUGCAGAGACUGGGAGCUGCUGUGAUGUGAGGAAAGUGAAACUUAAGGGAGGGAGGAGGUGCAGCAGCUCCUAUAAGAGCGGAGACCCCCCCACCGGCUCCUCCGUAACUCUCUGCCCAGGAUGGGAGUCCAAGGCCUGACCACUCUGCUGGAGAAACACCGGAGGAUCUACCGGGAUCUCCACCUCUCUCACAGGCGGCUGCUGAUCGACGGCAGCAACCUCUACCACCGGCUGUACUUCAACUCAGGUCUGGACCAGAAUCACGGCGGGGAGUAUGCUGCGUUCGCGGCCCUUAUUGAGAGGUUUGUUAAAGCGCUCAGAGACUGUCAGAUCACGCCCUACAUAGUGCUGGACGGAGGAUCGGACAUCUUAGAAAAGAAGAAUGAAACCGUGAUGCAGAGAGCAGUGGAUCGGAUCAAACAAGCGCAUCGAGCGGCGCAGGGCGGCCAGCGCAAGAACAUCAUGCCGACGCUGGUGAAGCUGGUGUUCCGACAGACGCUGAGGCGGCUGGACGUCCAGGUGGCUCAGUGCUAUGGAGAGGCUGACCCGGAGAUCGCCGCCCUGGCCCGGGAGUGGCAGUGCCCGGUGCUUUCCGGAGACAGCGACUUCUACAUCUACGACCUUCCGGAGGGGCUACUGCCCCUCUCAGACUUCCAGUGGGAGGCGGUUGAGCGGAGGGGCUCCAACAGCUACAUCCCCUGCAAGAGCUACAACACCUCCAGCUUCUGCAUCUUCUUUCAAAUCCAGCGCCAGCUCCUGCCCGCCUUCGCCGCCCUGGCCGGGAACGACUACGUGAAGCCACACCGGCUGCAGGCGGGCGUCAGCUGGAAUCAGUUCGCCCCGGCAGGCGGCGGGAACACGGGCCACCUGGACGGGCUGCUGUGCUGGCUGCAGAACUUCCAGAAGCCUCAGGAGGCCUUCGAGGCGGCGCUGGGGCUGAUGGGAGAACUGAGCGGCAACAAAAAGGCGGAGGUGAUGAAGGGCUUGAAUCUGGGGAUGGAGGAGUACCAACUUCCUCCCAGCGCCCUCAAAAAGUUCUUCAUCCAUGGGAUAGCACCUCCAUUCUCCACAGAAGUGGCUGGUGUCCCGGACUGGUUCCGGCUGCCUCUGAUUCAGGCCUGGCUGCCGGCGGAAUUCCUGGACGUGCUGCUGCUGCAGAGGAUGAGAUUCAGCGUCUUCGUGGAUCUCGCCGCCGCACCAAGCGCUCACCUUACCGCCAGGCCGCUGCGGCAGGUGAUGUACGGGCUGCUGCUGGGCGAGGGCAGGGAGGUGAUAGAGCGAGAUAGGGAGGGGCUGCAGCUGAGGCUCAUCCCCGUGAAGACCGCCUCCACAGCAAGCUCCCUGCAGCUCUCACUGCAAACACUGGAUAAGGCGGAGGCCUCUCUACGUCUGCAGGUUCUCCUUGAGGCCCUGGGGGUCCCUGAGGCCUCCUUGGCCCCUGUGCCUCCCGCCCUGCGCCUCCCUGUGUGCGUCACCUGCUUCUGGCUGCAGAGAGCCCAGCCUCCUGCAGACGAGGAGGUGCUGAAGGCUCUGCUGCUCGGGCUGAGCUCCGGAGACGCCUUCAGGGCAGCCCUGCCCCCCCCCAGACAGAAGCUGGACAUGCAGGUGUCUCACUCUCUGAACCAGUGGCAGUCCUGCCUGAAGUCCAGCCUGCAGCUCAACCAACUGCUGGGCCGACCGCUACCUGAGCCCCCCCUCUCCAGGUUGUUUGAGGGGACGUUGGUUCACCAGCUGGUGCACAGGAUGAGGUACGGGGGAAAGAAGAGGCCUUUCCUGAAGGAGGACCCCUGCAGUGUGAUGCUGUUCGAAGCCAUUCAGGCCGUGGUGCACCAGAUCCCCCCUCAAGAGAGCCACAGGACGGGGGAGGAUCGGCAGAGGCAGCCUCUGGACGACCUGACCUCCACCCUGCAGCAGCUCUUCCCCCUGGAGGAGGAGGAGGAGGAGGAGGAGGAGGAGGCCAGCAGCUCGGGGUGGGUGCAGGAGGAUCUGCGCCUCAGCGAGCUGCUGUCAGUGAAAACUCGUUUCAGAGCGAAACACAGGAAGAACCGGAGCAAGAACCCGGAGCUGGCCCGCAAAGAGGAGCGCCGCGACCGGGACCUGCUCUGAGCUCAAGGGAGGAAAACAAGCCGGGUUCAUCAGACUCUCGUUAACGUCCCUCACAUCAGUCUGAUACAUAAUAUUUACGUUAUUCUGAAACAAGAAGCACUUCCUUUUUUAAAUCUGCACACAUUUUAAUGCCAACACCUUUUUGCACAUUUCUUUCUUCGUCUCUUUAUGCCCUCAAGAUUGUAUAUUUUUAAUUAAGGGUGACCAGCACUUGUUUUUUCUUAUUUGCCCUUAAAAUGUGAUGCACUGUUCGAUUGUUAUUGAAAACACAAAAGAGUUUUAAUAAGUGGAAUUCACUGUAAACAUGUUAUUUACAAAAACGUGAUAAUUGUGUUUCUUUAGUCUCAUGAAUGUUAACGCUUUGUUCCUCACGUACGUUCUUAGUGACUGUUUGUUGGAGACAUUUUUGUGCAUUCGUUUACUUUUAUUACAUUACAUGUUACUUGUUAGACGCUUUUAUCCAAAGCGACUUACAUACUCAAUACUGUGGGCAAUCC